UCAUCUUUCCUCUGGGGUUACAUAUUUUCCUCGGUGAUUGGAGGAGCGUUAGUUGACAAAUAUGGAGGAAAGAAAGUGAUUGCUUGGGGUGCAGCUCUUUGGUCUCUCGCCACUCUUCUUACUCCAUGGGCAGCAAAUCACUCCACAAUCAGUCUGUUGGCUAUUCGUGCUUUCUUUGGUCUUGCUGAAGGAGUGGCUUUGCCUUCCAUGAACACCCUUUUGUCCAGGUGGUUUCCAUGCCAUGAACGGGCUACUGCUGUUGGAAUAUCCAUGGGCGGGUUCCAUCUUGGAAAUGUUGUGGGUUUGGUGCUAACUCCUUUAUUUAUGUCCUCGGUUGGAAUUUCUGGUCCCUUCAUCCUUUUCUCAUCUCUUGGGCUUCUCUGGCUUACAACGUGGAUUAACCGGGUGACAAAUGAUCCACAAGAAAGCAAUUCUAUAACAAAAGCAGAGUUGAGGUUAAUCCAAGCAGGGAAAUCAGAUUCUCCUCCUCUAAAAAAAGGAGAACUUCCACCACUGAGACUUCUGUUGUCAAAAAUGCCCACUUGGGCUAUUAUCUUCGCUAACAUCACUAAUAACUGGGGAUAUUUUGUUCUUCUCUCCUGGAUGCCUGUUUAUUUCAAAACUGUUUUUAAUGUGAAUUUGAAGCAAGCAGCUUGGUUUAGUGCAGUGCCAUGGGGCACAAUGGCAUUCUCAGGCUAUGUUGCUGGAGCUGCAUCAGAUUUCCUAAUCAAAGCGGGGUACUCAUUGACCUUUGUCAGGAAAGUUAUGCAGUCUAUCGGUUUCAUUGGUCCCGGGGUGUCUUUGCUCUGCUUGAAUUAUGCCAAAACACCUGAGGUUGCAGCAGUGAUGAUAACUAUAGCCCUGAGCUUCAGCUCUUUCAGCCAAGCUGGUUUUCUACUUAAUAUGCAAGAUAUUGCACCUCAAUAUGCAGGAUUUCUACAUGGGAUUUCAAAUUCAGCAGGGACACUGGCAGCUAUAAUAAGCACAAUUGGAACAGGCUUCUUUGUACAAUGGCUAGGAUCUUUCCAAGCAUUCUUAUCUCUCACUGCUUGCCUCUACUUUGUCACAGCCAUCUUUUGGAAUGUCUAUGCCACUGGAGAGAGAGUUUUUUAGACUAUAGUCUAAUAUUCUCCAAAUGAUGGCUGGCUUAUAAAUUCAUUUAGAGAUAGCAGAAAGGACAACAAUUACAUCCUAAUUUACAAAUAUUCAAUUUUUUCUUGUCACUCACUCUCAUGGAUGUGAGUGAGAAUAUAUAUAUUUUUUUUCACGUGUAGUUUACUAUUUUAUCUUUUGAAAGAAAGAGGAAUAGCCUACUUAUUUUUCAUCCUUGUAAACAUUUUAGUUACUUUUAGAAGAAUUUAUUAGAGAAAUUCUUGAA